UCGACAUUCUUGAGCGACUGGGCGUAAGAAAAUUCCACAGAAGGAAAAAUGCUCUUGCUCUUCCAUUAAACUAAUGGAAGUUGCAGAAGGUCCCUUUCAUGGCUACCAUCAUUCCCCCUUUUCCACAUAAAAAAUCAAUAAAAUACAAUUUCUGAGUAUUUUAUAAUCCAGAAAUCCUCUCCGCAAUUCCGUUUAAUUGAAUUCGCUAUUCAUUUCAACCGAAUUCCCCUCCUUUCGCAAUUAGUGAAAAUUCGAGCUACUGCCUCGCCAGUAAAACCUGGAAUCUGGAUUUUUUUUCCCAGCUGAGAAAGACGACAAUCACUAGCUAUGGAAUCUAAAGGAAACCCAACUCGCAGAUUCCUCUAUUUUCUAGUAUUUUAUUCCAACACAUACUCAUACGUAUCCAUACCGUAUAAUCAUACUAAGCUAGAUGUUUCCAGUCACUCUUCUGGUUUGACUUCUAUGUAUAGAUUUCCCUUGUGUAGAAUCGAGGCAAAAGCUUGCGAGUUUUCGCAGUUCCAUUCGUGUUUGCAGGAAGUAAGCUUUUUCUCGAAUUCGAGUUUUUGACUUGUUGAAGGUAUUUCUGCUGAUACUGUGAUUGGGUUUUCGUUUUCUUUCAGUUCUGGUUAGACGGGAAAGCAGAGAUCAGAUUACGCUCGCUGGUAUUCAGGUCUGUGACGAUUGAUUGAUCUCAAAGGAAUUCGUCUCUGGACUCGAUGCUGUGAUUGGGCAGUUGUUGCUUUUCAUCCUUCACCUGAAUUUGAAUCUGGCUAUACAGAAUUCGAUUGAGCUUCACCUGAAUUCAAGGGUUGUGGUGGGAUUCUAAGUUCUCUGGUGUAGUGGGUUUCUCUCAUUUUGGUGACGGCAAGAGGGGGAUUGUUGGGGAAUAUGAUUCAAGAUGGAAAUGAGAAGGGACUAGUGAAUGAUUCUUUGCAAAAACCAGGUAGUGACAAUCAGAACCUGAAUACGUUACAAUCUCAACUGUCUCGGAGAAGUGACACAGAGAAGAAUUUCAUGGAGACUGAGGGAAGGGUCUACUCGGAAUUGUAUAGGAAUUCUAGCGAGGAGAUGUUUCUGAAGUCGUUGAUGGAAGGUUCGAUUGGUAUGACAGCACCGCCGAACAUGGAGUCUCUGGGGUUUAAGAAUCUCUCUCAGACCCUUCGCGUGGAUAGCCAGGAGCUCUUCAACAGCUGGCUUACGAAUGGAGAGACCCAGGGCCACAAUUCUACCAGCAUAGCACACCGUACACGACAAGCAUCUCGAAGGAUAUCAACUGAACUUGCUGCCUUGUCUAGUCAGCAACAUGGUGCCUCAUUUCAAAACAAAAGCAGCAACGAUAAUUUGUUCCAGCAAAAUCUGGGCAUAUCCAAUGAUCUCUCAAGUGAUCCCAACCAACAUUCACACAGGAAUGUGGUAGAAAAAGGAAUUCAAGCUAGUAAUUUGUAUUUGGCCAAGGCAUGGUUUCAAAGUUCUCAACCAAUGACAAGAAGCCGAUCAUCUGAGCUAAGGAAGAGAUAUGCUGCCAUGCAAAAUAAUCAAACAUCAUCAGCUAUAGAAGGCACCCAUAACACAUCGGUGCAUGGUAUCACCCGGAUGAAACAAGAAUUUGCAACUGCGAGUGGUUUUUGUGAUGUUUCGAUGGGUGAGGUGUCCAACCAGCUGCGGACAUUCAUGUCUCCAUCCAGUUCAUCUACAUCCCCUUUUGGGAGUCAUCAAGUGGCUACUGUAGAUGCAGUUUCUUCUGUCGUGAACAUGCUGAAGGGAACACUAGAACGCAAGAAACUCAGUAAUCGUAUUGAUAAAGAAGCUGUUGAUGGUAGUUCUUUCGGCUAUUAUGGUGUGCAAGAAGUUACGACCAACAUGGGUUCUGAUCAAGGAGCGGUGAGUCAGAUUCUUAAGCCCUUGAGGACCUUUCAAGUGGUAUCCCCUCCUGGCCACGUACAAGAUUCUGGGAACACACAUGCUGUUGGUGAAUCCAUAGAAAUAGAUAUAGAAAGUUUUGUCUCUCCUCCAAACCCAAUCCAGAUGACUACAGUAUCUCAAGAACCUUCACAAAGCGAAUCGUCUGCGGCAGCACCAGUACUCUCAACAGGUUUUGAAGUAUGUGAUGGUCCUGCCAAUUCUGGACAAACACUAUCAGUUUGUGAAAGCUCCAGAAAACAUGUUGGGAACGGGAGUUUAGAGCAUAGCUCUAAAGCCAAAGAAAUCCGGGAACGGAUACUCGAAAACAAUACAAAGGACGACCGGAAGAAAGGAAAUCUAGUUCGGAUGGGAUCUGUGACAUCAGGAAGUUCAGUGGACAAGGGAGACCCCACAAAGAAACGGAGGGUGGAGCGCUCACGCAAAAUGGCAGAAGCCAAGGAAAGAAACAUGACCCCAGCUCUUCCAUCUGAUAUGCAAACUAUCCUAAAGCGCUGUGAAAACCUUGAGAAGGAAGUGCGGUCGCUCAAACUCAACCUAUCUUUCAUGAAUAGGAAGGAUUCCGAGCAGACCAAACAAAUAGAAGAGCUUCAGAAGCAAAACGAGGACUUGACGGGCGAAAAGGAGCGGUUGUUAGAAGAGAUUGAGAGGAUCCUCUCGGAAUUGGGCAAGAUAGAGAAGGGGAGGAGAAGAUAGACUGUGCUACUGACAGAAUAUCGAUGGCCUGCUGAUACACUAUACAUCAGAUGCAUUUGAUACUUAAAAAACUAUAGUUGGUAUAUUCAGUGUAGCCUGGAAAGGUCUUCUCAGCGUCGUUAUCUCUGAUGUUGUAAGUGGGCCACUGUUUUCAAUUUCAAUCAAAGUCUGUAAGUUUGGAAAAGGGCCAGACCAGGAAUAAGUGCUAGUGUUUGUCACAAGCUCCAAAGCAAGCUGGGUAUAGUUUUCUCAAUGUAAAUGAGUAUGCGAAUUGCAAGGAAGAUGGAACUUGUUGGAUUCCAAAUUUU